CACGGAUGCUGCUGUCGCUAGCUCCAGCAGCCGUAGUAUCCGCGGCCGACACUGCUGCGGCGGUGACGCCGACGGAUCCGCGUCAGCUGCAGUGGGAGGACAACUGCGUGUACAACUGUCCCAACGAGUGGAUAGACGACGGCGCGUGCGACCUGGAGUGCAACAUCGAGGCUUGCCACUGGGAUGGCCGGGACUGCUUCCACGACGCGAGCGAGUGCUUCGAGCAGCCGAAUGGCGCUGACUACCGCGGCAAGGUUGACCACACCAAGUCCGGGAGGACCUGCCAGGGGUGGGCACAACUACUGCCGCAACCCCACCGGCCGAGAGACUGGGCCGUGGUGCUACACGACCGACUACCCAGAGGUGGAGUGGGAGGAGUGCGACGUUGGGCAGCCGGAGAAAUGCGACGCGAGCGAGCCGAGCCUGCUCAGCUCGGCGCAGACCCGCGCGGACGGCCUCAUCCCGCUCAAGCUGCGCGAGGGGGCAAACGGCCACGUCAAGGAGCUCGAGGUGCUCUACUACGUCGCGAACGUGCCGCCCAGCAUGCAGGGCGUAAAGGUGGUGCUGCUGCCGAUCCAGGGAGACGCCGACCUCCUCCUCUCCUUCAGCGAGCCGCGUCCCACACGCUCCUCCGCCACGUGGCUCGACGAGUCGGUCGGCGUCAAGCAGUUCACGCUGCCCGCCUCCUCCGAGUUCUUUUGCGGCCGGAAGCCGAGCGAGGACUUCGACGGGCGGCAGCAGGAGUGCGUCGACGCGGCGACGCCCGGGUACUGCCCCUCGCACCUCAGCCUGCACAUCGGCGUUUCGGGCUUCGAGGAGGGCGACUUCAAGCUCUUCCUGUACAACUACACGCAGGACGCGGCCGACGCCGUCGCGGGCGGCGACAUGAUGGACUACGACGACUUUGUGGCCACCUCGUGCUCUCCGGGCUGCGACGACCUGCGCCUCGGCAACGCCGAGUGCGACAUCGCCUGCAACACGACCGAGUGCGUGUGGGACGGCGGCGACUGCGGCUACGACGGCGGGUACGGCUUUGAGGACAACUGCGCCACCGCGUGCCCGGUGGCGUGGAUCGGCGACGGCUACUGCGAUGAGGCGUGCUACAACUCGGCGUGCCAGUGGGACGGCACCGACUGCACCGCCGACAGCGGGUGCGCCGACGGCUGCAUGCCCAACUGGAUCGACGACGACGAGUGCGACGAGCAGUGCAACAACGAGGCGUGCGGCUGGGACGGGCACGACUGCUCGCACGAGGCGGACGAGUGCUACACGGACAGCCGCGGGAUCGACUAUCGCGGCCACGUGGCGGUCUCGGCGGCGGGCCACCAGUGCCAGGUCUGGUCGCACCAGACGCCCAACGCGCACACCAAGACUGUCCUCGCCUUUCCAACCUUUGGGCUCGGAGGGCACAACUUUUGCCGAAACCCGGGCUCGGAGGAGAUUGGGCCGUGGUGCUACACCAUCGGGGGCGCGCGCUGGGAGCUCUGCUCCGUACCGCCGCCGUCGGACAAGUGCGAGUCGAGCGCCAACUCCGUGAUGGAUUAUCGCAACCAGUGCCCCGUCGACUGCGCAAACAUCCUCGGGAACGGGCGGUGCGACCUCCGCUGCAACAUCACCUCGUGCGCGUACGACGCCGGCGACUGCGGUGUCGGCCUCUCCCUCGCCACGAUCCUGGAGGCGGCCAACGAGGCGGGCGUGGCGAUCCCGCGCAAGGGGUACUCGCUCGUGAUGGUUGGCGCGGGCGUCUGCUCGGGCGUCGCCGUCGGGCUGGUGAUCCUGCGGCUGGUGCUGUACCGCAAGCGGAAGGAGGAGCUCAAGCUGCGCGGCUACACGGUCGAGGAGAUGAAGCAGGUGGAGAUGUGACGGCCUGCUCGCUGCGGAUGAAGCGGGUGGGGCAGUGGGGACGGCGGCAAGAGCAGGCAGCGACGCAGUGGUGCUCCUGCGGGGUGGUGGCGGGCUGCACCCGAGGGGGCGGGGCAAAUCCUUUGCUGGCGAUUUGGGCCCUGUGAGUGAGUCGGUGGAACGAGAGCCGUGGACGUGCAUGGGGGCGGCGGGGGCACGGCGAGGGUUCACGGCGAGGGUUUGCGCGGUGUCCGCGGACGCCGCUCGCCAGAGCCCCGACCGCGCCCCGUGUGUGUUCGCGCGGGGCUGUGGGGCGCGGGGGGCAUUCUCAAACGAGUC